AUGAAGAAAUUUAUAUUUCUGCUGCUGGUUCUUGGCUCAACUUUUGGCAAUGAUACCUCAGGCAGCAUUUUAGACCAAAUGGAUUCCAGCACAUCAGACGCAGAAUACGAAGAAAAACUUGACAAUUUAGAAGCAACUGAAACAUUAGGCUCGAGCUCUGAAGCAUCAUUAGUGGACACAUCACAAAGCGCAGACGAUGCUUCAAACGGUCUCAUCAGCGAACUGCUCGAAAUGGGCGUAACCAAUACUGAGAUGUCAUCAGAAAACGUUGACCUCCAAUCUGAGUAUGAUUUGUUACAAGAACAAUUAGCGGAUGCAAUUGGAAAAGCAAAUACCUAUAGAAUUGACAAAGAAAUUAAGUCUAAUAUCCUCAAUAGAGAGAUUUCUUCUCUGGAUAGUUAUAAUCAUCAACUAAGGCAAGAAGAAAUUGGACGUAGUGAAGAAGUGUCUGAAGCAAGUGACGAUGACGAUGAUGAGUUAGAUGAAUUAGAGGUCUCUGGGACCAUGAUUUUCGUGAUCGGUCUUGGGUUCUUAUUCUUACUGCUCCAUGGUGCAAGACUGGUGGUGGGGUAUAAUAUUGACAAUUUCUUGAGUCCUGCCUUGUACACACUAUUUGUCGAUAUUAGCAUUCUGCUCGUUAUAUGCACAUUGACUGCUUUGGCUUCUUAUUUUGAGAUAUUUGAUGACGAUUACUUGGACUAUGAAAUUAUUAUUGCUGGAAUAGCUAUUUUUACGUUCUUUUGGCUGGUUCUAGGGCUAUGGUUUAUCAUUGCUGCUCAAUCUUUUUCAACAACGUGGAUUCGGCAUGAGAAGGCUUGUCAGGAUAUGCGAGCCUUGACACAGAUUUUCCAAGACGCUCAGAUUGAUAUGGAUGGCUCUGCUGCAAAAAGAAUGAAUUCUAUCAUGAGAAGUUUCCACUACGCAAUUAUGAGACAGCUUUUUAUAUGCCCCACUUAUCUUCCACCUGUAACUGAGUCUUAUUUAAGAACUGAUUUUGAUCUUUCAGAGUAUCUCAGCAGAAGCUUGGCUAGCCUUUUAGAAGAAAUUUUCCAGCUGACGUGGUUUGGGUAUUCUUUAAUCGUGAUAGGGAUCUUGAUUUGGAGAGUGAUUGUUACUGGAGACGACCAAGCUGAGUUUUUAGCUUUGUGGGCAAUUCCUGCUGUGAUUAUUUUGAUUUGUCUGAUGAUUCUGAUAAAGCUCCGAUCAAUCUACUAUAAGCUAGUGCCAGAACCAACUGAUCAAAUAAUUUUGAAUUUACCAAGAGACAACUUUGGCAGGUCACCUGAAAUGAAUGAGGACAUUAUUCCUAAGCCACAGUACCUCCGAGGCCAUAUUUACCCUAAGGACAGAGAGAUCAAUUUUGUGAACUGGUGCUUCGUCAUAUAAAUAAAUAUGGCGUUUCAACGCUUCACAGUCGUUUUGCCAGUUCAUUCGAACGCAUUUUAAUUAUAUCCGAUAAGCUUUUGCCAAUCCAGAAUGGACAGCUAUAUUAAUUAACAAUUCUGAUAAUGUAUAGAGCCUAGCCCUAGUAAGAGGGCAGGUUGACACAUGUCGCCUAAAUUAAUUUAUAAAAGCAAAAGCCCAGAGAGCCUGCAGGCAAUGCCCAGAUCAUUUAGGCAACUUCCUAGAGUGAAGCAGGGAGUUACGCCGCAGGCUUCGAAUUUUUCCUUUUUGCAGAAAGCUCACCAUAAAUUCCAUUUGUUUGGAUUUUUGUACAGUUAACCUUCUUUCAAACCCAAACAGUAUACUGCAGAAGUCCACAGCUUUCCCACUUAAUACUGGAGCUGACAAACCAAGGAGGAGACAGAGACACAUUAUCCUAAUUCGCAGGUGCGAAGAAGAGAAAAGAUGGUGCAAGAGCUGUUAAUCACCUGGUGAGUCAUCUAAUACGAUGAAGUAGUCCCUGCCAAUAUCGAAAAGAAGGUAAAUACCCUGUGGAUCUUUGGUGACUACAAUAACAAUGGGCAGCAGCUAAAUCUGUAAUAAAUUUGAUUUAAUAACUGUUGCUUUAUCAAACUUCAUCCUUUAAAACUGACAUUUUCUUAUAUCUUCGCAGGAUCUUUCCCAAAUCGACACGAGCUGCUUUUUUGGUUUGACCGAUACGGCGUUCCAUUCAUCAUAGGGGUUCUUCAAGCGAUUUCCAUUAUUUUGACGCUCUGGAUAACAGUGAUCAUUUUAUACUAUGCGCCUGUGCUGCAAGACAACUGGGACUCACUCGGAAUUCUUCUGAUAGGAGCAGCCAUAAUUGUAUAUUUAUUUAUGGCCUGCUACCUUGUCCCUGAAGCUAUCCGCUAUCUUACUUUGGCCAGCAAAAUUGAAAUGAAAAAGGACAGAAAAAUUAUUGAAGAGGUAAUUCUGCAUGAAAAGGUUGAAAAAGCAAAAAUGGUUGUGAGGGUCUAUAGGCAGUUCAAAAUGAUAUAUCGAGAAAGAGUUGAAGAAGCAAAAGGCCAGCUUGACGACAAUAUCAGAAGGUUCAGCAACGAGAUUUUCUUUUUAAUUGCUGACCCAGAUACUAAAACAGUUUCAAUUUCACAGCUAGAAGACCUCUUAAGCUUGUGUGGGGUUCGGCUCAAUGAAGACGAAUUAAGACUCUUCGCUAAAGAGUGUGCACCUGUAAGUGCUAUUUAGGAUAAUACAAAUGAAAUCAAGCUUUCUGGAUUCCAACAGGCAUUCAUUAAAUUAUUAUAGAGAAACUCAGGUAAGCUUGAAAAAGUUUUUCUUGGCUUUUGUUUUACAUCAUCUCCUAAUCUGAUUCCACAGCCUAAGGCUUGUGUUGCUCCCUCCAGACAAGCCUGCCCUCGCUACCCAGAGGUAGAGACGCUGUGCUGGGUAAGCGGCAUAGGUCCAAGAGUUUACCUCUUCUGAAAAUUAAAAAAACAAAUUUUCUGGUCAGGUUCUUGACCUAGAUGAAAAUUUUAGCCCAGGGUGCAACCUCUGGUAGCACGCUGGAAAAAUUCCGGAUUGGCCAAGCAAACGCCCUAUGACCUUGCUAUGCUAUCCCUUUUCAGCUUCCACGUUUCAUCCUCUUCAGGGUAAAACCUCGCCCUGGAUGUGAGCCUGCUAGCCCGACAUUACCAAGAAACAACUGACCAGAUACACAUAUCAAAACGCUAAUCUCCCUCCCACAAGUUCCCAGACUCUAAUAUGGCUACAGAUGCUAAGAGGGCAGACUUCGCCACACCAUUGUUUAUCCAUAGAUUCUAACAGGCAAUUGCAGUACUUUUGGCAAGUGCCGUUCUCAAGCCGCAGAUUGUUGUGAGGGCCGUGCUGACUCAGUACUUCAAAUCAGAUAAGGGGGAAGUGGUGAAGGAUAUUACGUUGGAAGAAUUAAAGCAAUUCUUUACAGAUUUUGGGUGGCAUUUUACGGAUGAAGACGUUGAAGACUUCUUAUGGGAAGCGAGGUUCUUGCUAGAAGAUGUAGGAUCGGCAAAUAUAGUGGAAAUUGCUGGCUUCAUAAGGAACAAUGUUGAGUCUUUUCCGAAGUAA